CUUUAUGUGGUGAGAUGGCUGUGGAGUCUCACUGCUGGUUCCUGUGAAGUCAAACGGACUCUGUGGACAGUCAGCAGGAGGCGAGACAACCCGCCGCAGUUCGCUUCGACCUCCAUUUAAAAAAAUAAAAAUAACGCAGAUGAGCAGCACACGUGAGCUCUGGAGAGGCUCUGGACCGGUUUGUUUUGUCUCUGUGUGGCCGGGCAGCCUGACUGCCUCCCUGCCUCCACAUGAAUGAAGAGCACUCCGGGACACAGAGACACAGCUGAUGCAGGGCAUGCAGGUGUUCCUGAAAAUAUGAUGAAGAAAAAGAAUCCCCAUAAAAAACACAAGAGCAGUCUGAGUCCAACCACCACAGUUCUGUCGCCGCCACAACGCGACAUCGUCGGCUGCAGGAUCCAACACGUCUGGAAGGAAGGAGGAGGAGGACACGUGGUCUGGAAAGGAACAGUGCUCGACCAGGUGCCAGUGAACCCGUCUCUCUUCCUGAUAAAGUACGAUGGUUUCGACUGUGUUUAUGGUCUGGAGCUUCAUAAAGACGAGAGGGUUCAGGGACUGGAAGUGCUCCCUGACAGACUGGCUAAGUCCCGUGUAACAGACGUCAGCCUAACGGACACCAUGAUAGGUAAAGCCGUGGAGCACAUGUUUGAGACGGAGGAGGGUCCAAAGGAGGAGUGGAGAGGGAUGGUGCUGGCCCGGGCUCCCAUCAAAACCACCUGGUUCUACAUCACGUACGAGAAAGACCCGGUCCUCUACAUGUACCAGCUACUGGAGGACUACAAAGAGGGAGACCUCCGCAUCAUGCCCGACUCCAACGACAGUGUCCCGACGGAGAGGGAACCUGGCGAGGUGGUGGACAGCCUGGUGGGUAAACAGGUGGAGUAUGCCAAAGAGGAUGGCGGCAAACGAACAGGCAUGGUCAUCCACCAGGUGGAGGCCAAGCCCUCUGUCUACUUCAUCAAGUUUGACGACGACUUCCUCAUUUACGUUUACGACCUCGUCAAAACUUCGUAAGACCUCCGGACGACCUGAUCCGCUCUCACAUGACAGAAAGACAAUGCAGCACAUGUUGAAACAUCUGAAGCAUUUGAUCCAGCGCUCGCUCCUCCGACCAUCAAAGACUCAGAAAAAGACUUGCACAACAGAAAAGACAGGAUUUGAGAAUUGGCUUGUUUUCGGGAGCGUUUAAGAUGGAAUGAAACAAGCUUGGACUUUUAUCUAUGACCUUCUUAGGAAGUAUAAUAUAUAUAUAUAUAUAAUAAAAAUAUAAAACAUGCCCAUGCUUUAACAUUACCCUGACAAUGUCCAAAACCUUUUGAAUACUGCUAAAAAAAGCAAAGUGUGCAAAAAUUCUGUUUUACUCGAGAAAAUGAUUUCAAAAGGAUACAACAAGACGGCCUUUUUAGAAUCUGACAUUCUAUACGCAAAUUAGCUGACCACUUAAAUCCUUUAGCGCAUAGGUCUUCAACAGGGGGUCUGCGGAGGUACUGCAGAGGGGUCGCGAAAUAGUUUGUAGAUAAAGCAAUUAAAAAUAAAGAAAAAUUAACGUAAAUAAA